AUGACCCUAAAACAACAAUUAGAACUAUUAAAUAAAGAAUUUACUACUUUAAAAACUAAACUUACUGCUAAACUCCAAACCCAGCAGCAAACCAUUACCGAUACUAACCAAAAAUUGAAUGAAAGCAACCGCAAAUUAGAAACUUCCUUAAAAGAAAAUACUGAAAAUGAAAAGGUUUUAGAGAAGUUGAUUAAGGAAUUUAAGGAUAUGGUAAUUAGACAAUUAUCUAAUUGCAUCCGUAAUCCCGCAGAUAUAGAGAAUUUAUAUGUUAUAAAAUGGCAGAUAGGUGAUGGACCCACUACUGAGGAGAAAGCCAAAGAAAGCGGCAAUUCUAAAUUUGCUGGUGAUGCCGGAUAUUGGCAAGAUGAAGACGCCGAGGUGUUGGCUAAUUUCUUUAACAGUAUUGCUAACAUUACUGAUGAUAUUAAUAACAUUAAACUAUCGGCUAACGAACAAAUAUUUAACAAUAACAAGCAACAAUUAAUUGCUAAAAUCCAAGGUCUUAUUGGCAAAUAUAAUUUUUCGGUUAAACUUCAAAGGAACUUAACCGCUAUUGAAAAACUGGAACCUAAACACCAAAAAGAACUUUUAGAUUUAGAAAAAGAGGCUCGGGAAGCCGAAAGUGCUUAUAAAGAAAACUUACAAAAGGCCGAUAAUGAGACUGACCCUGAUAAGAAAGCAGAAUUUAUUGUUUUAGCCAAUAAAGCCGCCAAGAAGGCCGAAGAAAUUAAGCGAAAAGUUAAAAAUAAUCCUAUCGCUCAAUUGGCUAAUUUUAAUUAUUUAGAUGAUUUAAGAGCAUUAACACAAGGUAAUGUCCCACCUAAUGUUUGUCCCGACGGACAACCAGGCGGAA